AUGGCGGGCUUGGGGCUGCUGGCCCGGCUCGGUGCGCGGCUGCGGGCGGUGACGGCGGCGCCGGGGAGGCCGCUGCGGGCGGUGACGGCGGCGUCCGGACAUAGCUGGCAGCUGGGCUUUGCAGCCAGGCCUGUGCACGAUGCAACAUGGUGGCACGAGCAUCUGUCUGAAGAGAACGAGCAGUUCCUCAGGAAGGCAGCAGCGGAGGAGUACAGAGCGCAGACAGCCAGCAAGCUGUGCCCACUGAAGGACGAGCCGUGGCCACUGAAUGAGUGGAAACCAGAUUCUGUCAGAGUUGGUGUUGUUGCGGUGAAACUGGGAAUGAUGCCAGUAUGGACCAAGUCAGGAAAGAAGCACGCUGUCACACUGCUUAAGGUGCAAGACUGCCAUGUUUUGAAGUACAUUUCAAAGGAAGAGUCAGGUGGAAAAAGAGCAAGGCUACUUGUUGGAGGGAAAAACGUAUCUCCUUUUUCUAAAUCAGAGGCUGAAAUGGAAAUUUUUAGAGAAGCUGGAGUACCAAGGAAGCAGAAAGUUACAUCGUUUAAUGUGACAGAUGAUGCCAUAAUUAAACCAGGUACUCCUCUGUAUGCUGCUCACUUCCGCCCGGGGCAAGUCGUGGAUGUUACUGCAAAAACAAUUGGUAAAGGGUUUCAAGGUGUCAUGAAAAGGUGGGGAUUUAAAGGCCAGCCAGCCAGCCACGGCCAAACUAAAACUCACAGACGUCCUGGAGCAAUAUCCACCAAUAAAGUUUCCAGAGUUUUUCCUGGAAAGAAAAUGCCUGGUAAAAUGGGUAACAUCUAUAGGACGUCUUUUGCAUUAAAGGUGUGGAGGAUCAACACAAAACAUGAUAUUAUUUAUGUACAUGGCUCUGUUCCAGGUCACACAAAUUGUCUGGUGAAGGUCAGAGAUACAAAACUGCAUGUUUACAAAGACUGCAAUAAAAACCCUCCUUUCCCCACGUUUUUUGCUGAUGGAGAUGAAAAACUGCCAGAAGACUUGUACGACCAGGACAUGUUCCAGUUCACAGAUCCAUCGGUCACGUACGCGUAAUGUUUUUGACAUCUUUGAAAACAUGGAAUUUUGUUAUUUGUAUGAACUUUGCAAUGCUGUAUAAAAGUGAACCAAUGAAUUGCAAUCUGGCCAACUGACCUGGACAUUUCGUAUAUUGCUGUUUUGGUCAGGUAAAAACUCAAGAUUGUUGAUAAAUCAGCAGGUGAGUCUAAGGGACAGGUUGCAAAGCUUAUCAGAGCAGUUAGUCUUCAUCUUUGUCAGCUAUCUUUUGUCCUGUGCCACAGACUGUGAAAACUUAGAGAUUUCUGGAAACUGUUGAAGAUGGCUUUAGUUUGAUCUUCUGAAUACUACCAAACUCUGUGUUUGUCCUCUAUGGAAACUAGCCUGGGCAACUCUGAUCAGUCAAAAAAAACUUUCAGAUAGGCUUUUGCAUCUGAGGGGGUGAAUAAAUCAGAUACAAAUCCAACUUAAUAAAGAAUAGCUCAGAAUAAAAAGGGAAAAUACACUGA